UUAAUGUACUGUGACUGCAAUCGUAAGGAACCAUCUGGUUUUGUUUACCUCGAUUGCUUUACAAACAAAUAGUCUCAAUUUAAAUUGCAUUUGCAAUAUUUGUAAAUUUAAAAGAAAAUGCCACCAAAAAGUAAAUCUCAAGGUAAAGGAAAGGGUAGUGGUGGAGCUGAGUCUAAAGAAAGCAAUGCUCCGAAGCAAACCAAAGGUGGUACAUCUGUAAAAGUACGGCAUAUAUUGUGUGAAAAGCACUCAAAAAUUCUGGAGGCUAUGGAAAAAUUAAAAUCGGGUAUGAAGUUCAAUGAAGUUGCUGCUACUUAUAGUGAAGACAAAGCUAGGCAGGGUGGAGAUUUAGGUUGGAUGGUGAGAGGCAGCAUGGUUGGACCUUUUCAAGAUGCUGCAUUUGCUUUACCAAUUAGUAAUUUGUCAAAUCCUGUUUAUACUGAUCCACCUGUUAAAACUAAGUUUGGUUAUCAUAUCAUUAUGGUUGAAGGAAAAAAAUGAUUUUGAAUGUAAAUAAAUUUUUGUAAUGUUU